UACUAUGAGCCUUCAUACAGUACCUUAGAGAAAAAACACUGCUGAGUCCUGGAGCGGGGCGGCGCUGCCUCCUCUCCUCCCCCCGGCUCAUGGCCCUUUCUAGCGGGAAGGCUGGCCCAGGGCGUGCGCUACCCUUUCCAGAUUCCAAAAACACGGAGGGGGACGCAGGGGGAUACGGACAGAAAGAAAUAUAGAUCUCUUCACUCAAAGGAAAAGGAGAGUGCAUUCGGACUAUAAGGUAUAACUUCCCUCAAACCGCAGAGCACGGCCUUCGUAUUAAGAACAGUGUUCCAUCCGUGGUACCAAGCCAGGGAGAUGCCCAAACCGACGACAUGUCCCUUCCCAGGCUCCCCUCUGUGGCUGGCAUCCGUUGCUCUGAUGGUGCAGUCGGUGAUCUCCACUUCUUCGACCUACCGGAGACCUGCACCGGGCGGCGGGGGGAAGAGAACAGGGUUAAUGGAGAGGACGCUGAUUCUGCUGGAUGUCAACACCCGCAGUCCAGUACAAGUUCUAAACGACAACUUCCUCUCUUUACAGUUGGAUCCGUCCAUUAUAAAGGACGGGUGGCUGGACUUCCUGAGUUCCAAGCGUUUAGUAACCCUAGCCCGAGGACUGUCCCCGGCCUAUCUGAGGUUCGGAGGAAAGAGAACCGACUUCCUUCAGUUUCACAACCGGAAGAACCAUGCCAAGUUCAGAGGCCCCGGCCCAGAUCACUACCUAAAGAACUACGAAGAUGACAUAGUGCGUAGUGACAUCGCCCUGGACAAACAGAGGGGCUGUAAGCUGGUCAACCACCCUGACAUGAUGCUGGAGCUGCAGAGAGAGAAGGCAGCUCAGAUGCAGCUUGUCCUCCUCAAGGAACAGCUCUCCAACCUCUACAGUAACAUCACAUUAACAGCCAGGUCUUUAGACAAACUGUAUAACUUUGCCGAGUGUGCUGGUCUGCAUCUGGUCCUGGGGCUCAACGCCCUGCAGAGAAGCCCUGACUUCUCCUGGAACUCCUCCUCAGCACUCAGCCUCCUCAAAUACAGCGCCGGGAAGAAAUACAACAUCUCCUGGGAACUGGGCAAUGAGCCUAAUGGCUACCGAAGCAUGGUGGGUCAGACAGUUAACAGUACCCAGCUAGCCAAGGACUACACCCUGCUGAGAACACUACUGCAAUCUGUACGCUACUACAGCCGAGCACACCUUUACGGCCCUAACUCUGGACUACCACGCAAGAACGCCAUUCUGCUGCUGGACGGGUUCAUGAAGAACGCUGGUUCUGUUGUGGACGCUGUAACGUGGCAACAUUACUACAUGGAUAGCAGAGUGACCAAAGUAGAGGACUUUAUGAAGACUCGCCUGCUGGACACCCUGACCGAACAGAUCACUAAAGUACUCAAGGUAGUGAAUAGCCAUGCUCCUGGUAAGAAGGUGUGGUUGGGUGGAGUGGGUCCGGCGUGGGCUGGAGGAACCAACAACCUCUCUGAUACCUACGCUGCUGGCUUUCUGUGGCUGAACACUCUGGGUAUGGCAGCGAUGCAGGGGAUUGACGUGGUCCUGAGACACUCGUUCUUCGACUAUGGAUACACACACCUCGUAGACCAGCACUUCAACCCACUGCCGGACUAUUGGUUCUCACUGGUGUUCAAGCGUCUGGUGGGCCCCAGGGUGUUGGCAGUGCGGGUAGCAGGCUUACAGAGGAAACCACGGCCAGGGAGGGUCAUCCGAGACAAACUACGCAUUUACGCCCAUUGUACCAGCUUCCACAAUCAUAACUACGUGAGAGGGUCCAUAACGAUCUAUAUCAUCAACCUGCAUCGGUCGAGAAAGAAAAUCAAGCUGGCGGGAACCUUACGUAACAAGACUGUCCAUCAGUACCUGCUGCAGCCCUACGGAACAGACGGACUACACGCCAGGUCAGUCCAGUUGAACGGAGAAAAGUUGCUGAUGGUGGACAACGAGACGUUCCCGGAAUUGAAGCCUCAGACGCUGCGGUCGGGGAGGACGAUAGCCAUGCCCCCUAUGACCAUCGGCUUCUAUGUCAUCAAGAACAUCAAUGCUUAUGCCUGCCGCAGAUAAUCCUCAGCAUACUCCUCCUCACCCUUUACCCCUCACCCUCACCCUUCACCCCAUACUCCUCACCACUCACCCUACAGCCCUCAUCCCCACUCCUUACCACUCACCCCUCACCCCCACUCCUUACCACUCACCCCUCACCCCCACACUCCUCACCACUCACCCUUCACCAUUUACCUCCACACUCCUCACCCUUUCCUCCCUACACUCCCUACCUCACACCCUAGCCAUCACCCCUUACCCCUCCUUCUCACCCCUCAUCACCCACACCGUUGCCUAGUACCGGACCACCCCCUCACUGCUCACCUCUCACUACCUUAUCCCUAGUCCCUAGCCCUUAGUUUUUACCUUUUGGUUCCUUAUCACUAGUCCCUGGUCUGACUCAGAAAGGCUUGCCCUUUGUCCCAGACAAGGGUUGCACUGAAUACCUUUCAAUAGCUCUCUGAACUGUCUCCCCAUGUGCUACAAGACGGACAGGGAUGAUUCUAUUAUUGGGAUUUUGUAUUGUUUUGUAAAAGGUUAUUGAGUUUUGUUAUGACAGAACUGUUAUUUCAGAAGGUUGUACCAUCCUCCAUGUCCAACUAGACUUGUUUUCCAUGUCUUUGAUCAUCAGAUCCACUAACGGACACUCAGAUUUCUAUCUGCCAACAACUCUUAUUGUUUCCCCUGCAAACUCCUUUCAACUCUUUGUUGUUGAUACUCUGAAGCUCCUGGCAGACGGAGAGACAGAAAGAAGAGAAAACCUGAAGAAAACAAAACCAGUCAACCGCAGGACGUGUGUCAGCCCCAGUAGCCAUGUCUGCUGUCUGACUGAAUCAUCACUGUGUAUGGUGUGGUGUGGUGUGGUGUGGUGUAGUGUGGUAUGGUGUGGUGUGGUGUGGUGUGGUGUGGUAUAGUGUGGUAUG